AUGGCCAGACUGACAAUCUUCGCAGGUUUAGGCCUGUUGAUGUGCCUUAACGUGGUCUCAUCCACCAAGAUGGUGUGUUACUUCACCAACUGGUCCCAGUACAGACCCGGGACUGGAAGAUACCUUCCCACCAAUGUAGACCCAUUCCUGUGCACGCACCUGAUCUACGCCUUCUCCAUCAUUAACUACAACAACGAGCUCGUCACCUACGAGUGGAACGACGAGACCCUCUACAAGUCCUUCAACGGCCUGAAAGACAGGAACCCUCAGUUACAGACAUUGUUGGCUGUUGGUGGAUGGAACUUUGGGACAAGCCAGUUCACCAUCAUGGUGUCCUCGGCAGCCAACCGGCAGAAGUUCAUCCAGUCCUCCAUCAGGUUCCUCAGGACACAUGAGUUUGAUGGCCUGGACCUGGACUGGGAGUACCCUGGUGCUCGAGGGAGCCCCCCAGAGGACAAGCAGAGGUUUACAGUGCUGUGUAAGGAGCUGAUGGAGGCGUUCGAGGCGGAGGGGCGCGAGACAGGCCGUCCCAGGCUAAUGCUCACCGCCGCAGUGGCGGCUGGUAGGGGGAACAUCGACGGGGGCUACGAAAUCGCUGAAGUCGCACAACACCUGGACUUCAUCAACAUUAUGACUUACGACUUUCAUGGUGCGUGGGACAGCCUUACGGGACAUAACAGCCCCCUGUACGGCAGCUCCUUUGACGACGGAGAGCACAUCUACUUCAACAUAGACUUUGCCAUGACGUACUGGAGGGAUCAGGGCGCCCCGGUGGAGAAGCUGAUGAUGGGGUUCGCCACAUACGGCCGCACAUUUCGCACCGUAUCUGGGGACAAGGGCGUGGGAGCCCCAGCCAGCGGCCCAGCCUCUGCUGGCCCCUACACCCGCGAGGCUGGCUUCUGGUCCUACUACGAGAUCUGUAAUUUCCUCCAAGGUGCCUCAGUUCAGUGGAUUCCCGAACAGAAGGUUCCCUUUGCCAGCAAAGGCAACGAGUGGGUGGGAUUUGACAAUAAUGAAAGCUACGAGACAAAGGUUCGCUAUCUGAAGGAUAACAAGUUUGGAGGUGCAUUUGUGUGGUCACUGGACCUGGAUGACUUCUCUGGGCAGUUCUGCGGAGGAGAGCGCUACCCUCUGAUGAACCAUCUACGCACCCUGCUCAAUAUAGAAUUGCCUCCUCUGCCUCCCACAACCAAGCCCCCAGCGGGAUCCGUGACAACCACAGUCGCCACGACAACCACCACCUCCUCCACUAGCACCACCACGACCGCCGCCCCCAUCCCUGGCAGUGGGUUCUGUGCCAACAAGCAUGACGGGCUGUACGCGGCCGACCAUGACGAGAAUGCCUUCUACCAGUGCUUUAAGGGUCACACGUAUGUCCAGAAGUGCCACCCAGGCCUGGUCUUCAACAACGAGUGCAAGUGCUGUGACUGGAAGUGA